CCGGCCCGCCCCUGCGCCGGAGGGGCGCCCACCCAGACUGCCUCUUGCCCCUGAGUGGCGAGGCCGGCGGGCUUCUGCGUCCGCUCCCGCGCGCCCCGCCCGUCUGGGCCCGCCGCGCAUAUAAGGCGGCGCCGCCGCAGCCCCGAUCCCCGCCGCCCGCCGCUGCCCGCGUUCCCAUGGCCAGGACCACGAAGCUGGUGGGCGCCUUUCUGGCGCUGUGCCUGCUGCUGGCGCCGCCUGGCCUCGCGUGGUACAAGCAGGUGGCGGGGCCCAACUACUACUCGGUGGGCCGCGCCUCGGGGCUGCUGUCCGGCCUCCGCAGGUCCCCUUACGCGCCGCGCUCCGAACCCUCCGUGGGCACUGGACACCCGGGCCGGGCGGGCGCCUCUCCGGAGUCGCGCCCCAGCCUGCGGAGCCUCGCCGUGUGCGUCAAGGAGGUCUCCCCGAACCUGCAGAGCUGUGAGCAGCUCCCCGACGGCCGCGCCACCUUCCAGUGCAAGGCGGACGUCUUCUUGUCGCUGCGCGCCGCCGACUGCAGCAGUGUCUGAGCCCCGGCCCUGAAGCCUGGACGUCACUUGGCUCCCGCACGUAUUCCCGCCGCCCGCUGGGUACCCUAAGGUCCGCACCCUGGUGCGACAUGGCUCCAAGUGCCGCCCACCCCAUCUCCACAGUAAAUGGCUAAUUGUAUAAACGAGAAGCGCAGCGGG